AUGGAUGAUCUGCUAGGUCUUUCCUGGGAACAAAAGACUACGGGAAGCGCAGGGACGACCGCAACAGGCAUUAAGUCCAGUAAGCCGCCUCCUCCACCGCCAACCUCUAAGCCUAUCCACCUCCAGAUGGGUCUCAGUAAAUCCGGCCUUGUCCCAACUCCAGCUCCCUUGAGCGCCCAACCAUACCGCAACAAUAACACUAUGGGAUCCUCUUUUAAUUCCUCUUCCUCCUCAAUGGCUUCCUCGUCGUCCUCAGUUGCCCCGAAAAAGAAUGCAGACGAUAUCUUUGGAUCGCUGAUGCCAUCCUUUGGUCAGAAUGCUGCUUCAGACGUCUCCAAGAACCUGAAUUCUAUGACAUUGGAGGAGCGUCGACGGCAUGAUCAGCAACAGAGCUCUCUAAGCAGCUCCCCAAGUUUUGCCAGUCCCACUCCAGCGCACCCGACACUGUCCUCGUCAUCGCUAUUUUCACAGGCUUCGCGCUCAACAUUUACACCGCCCAUCAAUGGCGCGUCUACCGCAUCACGAGGGCGUGGUCCCGAAAACAUCGCAGGGUUGUCGAGGACGACCGCUACACCGUCACCUCAGCCCGCGAUGGCCUUUGCAUCGCCAAUUCCAAAGCUCCAACAGCCGCAGCCAUUUUCGCAGCAGCAGACCAUGUCGAGCAAUCCUUCGCGAAAUCAAAGUCCUGCAGGAUUGACGGCUUCUCCAGGCGCCCUUGGUCGAUCGCUCUCACCUGCUAUGAUACCCCUUCAACCAGAAAGAUCCAACAGUGCUUCGCCCUCAACCGCGACUUCAACUUCGACACCGAAAGACCCCUUCGGUGCUCUUCUAGGCGACCAGAUUUCAAGGAGCAACCCUUCGCUGAAGAAUCAAUCACUGAAUGCGAUUCGCUAUAAUACCCCUCCUCCGGGUCAUUCAAGUUCAACCCCCAAGGCAGCUGACCCGUGGGACCUUGAUUUCCUGGCGAACGCAGCUGUGUUCAAGAGCAGCCAGCCUGCAUCCACUACAGCGAGCGACGUAUUCGAUCUCGGAUCAUUCGAAAAGGCACCCCCCGAGAAACCAGUACGUCAGCGGGAUUCUGCUGAUGCUUUGAACUUGUUUGUCGGGAAACAACCACCACCUAUCACAGCGCCCUCACCUAAGUCCAGUCCACCAGUCUCGAGGAAAGAGCCUUCAGCCAAAUCAGUUCGUUCUUCACCAGCGACAUCGACAGCGUCGACUAGAGAGGAUGGCGACAUUGCACAGAUCGUCGCGAUGGGUUUCACAGCUGAGCAGGCUAAGGUUGCGCUUGAAAUGACCGAUAGUGGUCGCGACAUCGAGGCGGCAAUUGAGUACCUGGUUCAGAAUGACGAGGCCGAAGGUCAGUUGCCCCCAAGAAGACACACGCCUGCCUCUGGCGAGAGAAGGAAGGUAGAACGGCAACCUUACCGUGAAGAUAGCGACCCCCCAUUGGAGGAUCGCAGAAGGCGAAAUCAAGGACGUGGAAACCAGGGCCAGUCACAACAGGAGCUGACAACGGCGCAGCAGUUGCAACAGCACAGGGAUAAGUUGAUGGGCACCGCCUCUGUUUUUGGAAUGUCGGUCUUGUCCAAGGCGAAUGAGAUAUACAAACAGGGUCGCGAAAAAGUGCAAGCGGUGAUGGAAGACAUGACAGUUGAGGAAUCUCGGUCAACGACUGCGCGUCGGCAUGAGUGGAUCGAGGAUGAGUAUAAGCCAGGAAGCGGAUACAAGGACUCGGAUUCAGAGGAUGAGGUUUACACAGGACGGCGCGAGCAACAGCGGGAACAAGAGCAGCGCCAGCAGCAACAGAGACGUCGGCAGCAGCAACAGCAGCAGCAUGAUCAACGACAACAGCCAUCAUCGCGGCCACGCCAGGAACGAGAGACAUUCGAGGAUACAUAUGUGUCAUCCUCACGGAGGGGUGGUGCUUCUGUAUCCCGGAAUCAAAAUUCGCUGUUCUCCAUGGACGAUACCCAGGGCGCUUCAAAGUCCAAACUAUCCGCAUCAGCUCCGUCCUCUCGACCUGCUGCUCGGUCACCAUCGCCACUCCCGCCCAAGCCAACUCGGCCGCCCCGUGUCCUUGUCCAAGCUGGCAGUCAACAGCUGACAGAGUCAAACCAUUUCAAGGAAAAAGGAAACGAGGUCUUCAAGCUGGGUCAGUUUGGGCACGCGGCCGAGUUUUACGCACGCGCCAGUCAGGCUCUGCCGUCUGGCCACGUUCUCUUGAUUGUCACACGGAAUAACCGCGCGGCCGCUUUGCUCAAGAUCGGAGAGUACAGAGAGACAGUAACGGAGUGUGAACAAUCAAUUCUGCUGAUCCAAGGCCCCGAUGGCCAGGGUGUCAAUGAUGUCCUCCCAGCGAGCGCGGGUGUGAAUUUGAAGGAUCAACUGGGGAAGGCACUGAUGCGCCGCGCGACUGCGUACGAGAACCUGGAAAAGUACAAGGAAGCCAAGGACGACUGGGCAAAGCUGCGGGAACUGGAGCCAGGUCAUCGUAAUGCUACUGAGGGCCAUCGUCGCUGCGAGAAGGCGAUUGCUAUGAUGAACAAUGGUGACGAUAUACCCACAGUGGCAAAAAAAUCUGUCUCGACCAGUGCUGCUGCUCGAUCGAAUGGCCUUGGCUCGACUUCCUCGCCCAUGCAGGAUAUUUUUGCGUCCCAUCAUCAAUCGAAUAACGAGACCAAGAUCAAGGCGGAUUUGAACCGCUCUGAGGGUGUGUCGAAACUGCGGCAGACUGCAGCACAGCAAGAGCGAGAGGAGGACGAGAAACUUCGGCUGACAGAUCAUGUCGACAUGAAGAUGGCGAUGUGGAAGUCGGGCAAGGAAGACAAUAUUCGAGCAUUGCUGGCGUCCUUGGGGUCGGUGCUUUGGGAGGGAGCGGCCUGGAAGCCCGUAGGAAUGCAUGAGUUGGUGACGCCGGCGCAGGUGAAGGUCAAGUAUAUGAGGGCGAUCGCAAAAAUGCAUCCUGACAAGCUGAAUGCCUCGACGACGGUAGAGCAAAGGAUGAUGGCCAACACAAUCUUUAGCACGCUCAACGCUGCCUGGGACGCCUUUAAGGUUCAAAAUAACAUGUAA